AUGGCGACGCAAUGCGCCGAAGCAGUCAGACGACAGCCCUGGGAGCACUGCGGCACCGCCGUCAGGCCGGCGAAUAUCGCAGACGCUGCAAUGCCGUGCUCCAUCGACCAUUCUCCGCAAACCGCGCUCAGGCCGUCAACAGACAUUCCGGCUGACGUUCUUCUCGCCGGGGACCGCUUGCUGCCGUUCGCGGCGGCGCCGCUCGAGGCGGAAUACGCGGUUGCGCGCGAGGAGAUGGGGCGCGGGGAGUUCGGCGUGGUGCGCGCGUGCAUGGCGCGCCGCAGCGGGCAGCUGUUGGCGUGCAAGUCGGUGGAGAAGGCGCGCCUGUGCGGGGAGCGGCGCGGCGACCUCGAGAUGGAGCUGCUGUGCAUGGCGGCGCUGCCGCCGCACCCGCACGUGGUGCGCCUCGCGAGCGUGCACGAGGACGCGCGCCGCGUGCACCUCGUCAUGGACCUCUGCGACGGCGGCGACCUCUUCGACCUCGUCGCGCGCGCCGGCCGCCUGCCCGAGCGGUGCGCGGCGGCGAUGGUGGCGCAGGCGGCGAGCGCGGUGGCGUGGUGCCACGCGCACGGCGUGCUGCAUCUGGACGUGAAGCCCGAGAACCUCCUCCUCGCCGGCCUCUCCGCCGCGCCCCUGCUCGCGGACGCGCGCAGCGCGGAGGCAGCACUGGCGCACGUGAGCGUGAAGCUGGCGGACUUUGGGCAGGCCGUGGCGGUGGGCGCGGGGGGCAGGGCGCGCGGGCUGGCGGGGUCGUCACUGUACAUGGCGCCCGAGGUGGUGUGUGGGCGCGAGUACGACAGUGCGGCGGACAUGUGGAGCGUGGGCGUGGUGCUGUAUGUGAUGCUGGCGGGCUACGUGCCCUUCUACGGCCCCGACCUGCCCCACGUGUUCCUCGCCAUCUGCCGCGGCCACCCCGACCUCACAGGCGAGGUGUGGGACGGCAUGUCAGACGAGGCGAAGCAGCUGGUGCGGUCGCUGCUGUCUGUGGACCCUGCCUCACGCCCCUCCGCGUGCGACCUGCUCUCCCACCCCUGGCUCACUGCCCAUGUGCCUACAGCCGCAGCAGCAGCGAAGGCGGCGAGGGAUGCGGCAAGUGCGGCUGUGGGGGGUGUGCUGGCACCCCUGGCAUGUGUUGCCCCCUCCGGUGCUUCCACCGCGCCUGCCUGCCCCUCCCUCCAUGCCGCGUCGUCGUCAUCUUCUCUUCAGUCCACGGCUCACUUGGCAUCACAUGGCACGGGCAAGCCCCACGGGCACGGGGCUGCCUCUGAGGCCUCAGUGACCGCGCAGCAGCACGCAGCCCAGCAGCAGGGCGCUGAGGCGGCACACGAGGCACGGUCGGGGCUGACAGGCAUGCUGGCGGGCAUCCGUGAAAAGAUGGGGCACGCUGGGGAGGCACUACUGGGGGGACCGCACACGGGCACAGAGGAGUCAGUGCACGCAGCGAGGGAGGGCGCGUCCCACACACGUGGCUCUGCAGGGGUGGCGGGUGGCAGAGGCUCUGAGCAGAGCAAGCAGUCGCCUGACACCGCCUCUGCUGCUGCUGCCAGGGGGGCUGGCACGGCGGCAGGCGUGGUGAGGGGGGCUGGGGAGGACGCAGGGCGAGCAGCAAAGGAGGGUGCUGGGGCAGCAGCGCGCGGGGCAGGGACAGUGGCGGGGACAGUGCAGGGGCUGGCGGAGGAGGGGGUGGCUGCGGGGAAGAGGGGCGUGGAGGGCGCAGCGAGGGGGGCAGGCACGGCUACAGGGGUGGUGCAGGGCGCAGUAGAGGAGGCGGGACACGCUGCGAGGGAGGGGGGUAAGGCUGCUGCCCGCGGAGCAGGGAGCGUGGUGGGUGUGGCGCGGGGUGUGGGGGAAGAGGCAGGCAAGGCUGCGAGGGAGGGCAGUCAGGCGGCAGCGAGGGGGGCGGGCACAGUGGCAGGGACUGUGCAGGCGUUGGGGGAGGAGGGCAGGGAGGUGGGCAAGCAGGCAGUGGGGAGUGCCGCGCGGGGGGCGGGCACUGUAGCGGGCACGGUGCAGGCGCUGGGGGAGGAGGGCAGGGAGGUGGGCAAGCAGGCCAUAGGCAGUGCUGCAAGGGGCGUGGGGGCAGUAGGGGGAACAGCGCAGGCAAUGGGGGAGAUGGCGAGCGAGGCAGCGAGUGAGGGGGUGAAGGUGGGCGCACGGGGGGCAGGGGGGUUGUAUGGGACGGUGCAGGGCGCUGCUGACCAUCCCUGCCUCGCUACUCUCCCUCUGUCUGUAUGCACCACUCCCCAUGUCUCACAUGCUCCACAACCUCCUUCCCUCAUCUCCUGCAUUCCUUCCGCUUACACGCCCCCCCUCUGCCCUGUCCCCCUGCGCCCAUGGUUGGUGUGGCAGCAAGGAGCGCAGGCAGCAGCGGAGGGAGCAGCGAGGGGGGUGGGCACAGCAGCAGGGGUGGUGCAGGGCGCGGGGGAGGCAGCAGGGCGCGCAGCAGUGGAGGGCAGGCGGGAGGUGGGGGAUGCGGUGGGGGCAGCGGGCGUGGGCACAGCGGAGGCAGCGAAGAACGUUGUGGGGGGAGCAGCACACGCGGUGGGGGCAGCAGCGUCAGCAGUGGGCGGAGGGGCAUACGACACGGUGGAGGGCGUGGGGCAGGCCAUAGGCGGGCUGGGGCUGACCGUGGCAGGGGGUGUGCAGAGCGUGCUGGGAGGGGUGGCGGGGGUGGUGGGGGGCGGAGUGCAGUCGCUCGUGGACUCCGUCAGGGGCGCCCCCCACGCCGUGGGGGAGGCAGUGCAGGGGCAUGCGCAGCAGGUGCAGGAAGAAGGGGGGACAGGGGGAAGUGGAAGUGAGGGGAAGGGGGUGGAGGAUGUGAUAUCGCGGAGGGUGGAUGUGGUGGAUGCCAUGCGCAUGGGCGGGGAGGACAUUGCAGCCAUGGCUGGUGCUGCUGCUGUGCCGGCAGGUGAUGUGGAGGGCGUGGAGGGGCCGCGUGUGAUAGUGGUGACCGAGGACAAGGUGGUGCGAGAGUAG